UCCGGUAAAUUGGAAAUGAUACCACAGUCAGUACCGCCCCGGGCCCGCACCCGCGCGCUCUGCGUGCUGAUGCAAUCACGUAAGAACUGCGAAGGCAGCGCAAGGGGAAUGCGAGUCUUCAGGCAGGCUGUGAGCAGCCUGAUGCUAGCCCUCACAAACAGCCCCUGCAAAGCAACCAUCUUUGCUCUGCUUUUCACAUUGUUGAUGUUUUCUGGCCUGAGAAGUGUGGGAUUAAGACUGUUUUCCAUGGAAGCGGCUUCCUAUGUAUCCGGCACACACUCUGCUGCCUUUGUAACCUGCCCCAAUUUGGAGGUGGCCAAGAGCAUCGCCAGAGGUGCUGUUCAGAAGAAGCUGGCUGCCUGUGUGAACAUUGUGCCACAGAUAACAUCCGUAUACGAAUGGAAAGGAAACAUUGAAGAGGACAGUGAAGUUUUACUUAUGAUUAAAACACGAACCGCCAAAGUCAGUGAUUUGGCAGCAUAUGUACGGUCAGUUCAUCCGUAUGACGUGGCAGAGGUUAUCAGCUUGCCAAUCGACCAGGGAAACCCACCUUAUAUGAAGUGGCUUGGCGAGGUGGUCCCGGAAUAGCUUCCCCAAUGGGAGAAGAUUGUCGGCCAAGCAAAGCACCAUUGCUAACGCCCACGCUCUGCAGGGGACAGUCUCCUCCUCACUUUCCCCAAAGGCUGCAUUAUAAUUCUUCCUUUUUCAGAAAGAUUCGUGCUUCAAGUUGUUUUUUUCAGCGUGCAAAGCUGCAAUUAUGUCCUUGGCCAUGAAGGAACACCUGUCUUCUAAUCAUUGUUGAAUUUUCAGCUGCUGAGUUGCAGACAGUGAGGUGUUUAGAGCUUGACGGUGAUUGAGCAGCAUUACACCUCUGCCUAAAUGGUGAUGCUCCCUUGUUAUUGAGCACAAGAGCCUCACUAACACACCCUUCUGUUCUGUAGUUGUCUGCUGAUUUCUGAUUAAAAAUGUAUGUUGUUA